AUGACGAUUCCCGAUGAGCCCACGUCGAAAACGGUGGCAGAAUCGUCGCAGUCGGCGGCAACUCCGGCGAACGGAGAUUUGGAGAAUCAGACGCUGGGAAGGGGUACCGGAGUUUCGAACAUCGUACGACGGUGGAAGAGAGAGGAUCUUCUCAAGAGAGGGUCCUUGGGUUUGCGAGGCUUCGGUUUGCUUUUUUCAUUGCUGGCUUUCAUUAUAAUGGCUAGUAAUAAGCAUGGGGAUUGGAAGGAAUUUGAUAAAUAUGAGGAAUACAGGUAUGUAUUGGCAAUAGCAAUUCUGUCAUCUUUGUACACUGGAUUACAGAUUUUGAGGCAGGUUCAAGAACUCUCCACCGGUCGAGAAAUGAUUUCACCGAAGAAUAUGUUGGUUGUGGACUUUUUUGGGGAUCAGAUUGUGGCAUACUUAUUGAUAUCAGCAGCUUCAUCCGCCGUGCCCUUGACUAAUAGAAUGAGAGAAGGGGCUGAUAACAUAUUUACAGAUUCAUCUGCAUCAGCAAUCAGCAUGGAAUUCUUUGCCUUCAUCUUACUUGCAUUGUCAGCUAUGAUUUCGGGAUAUAAACUCUCUAACCAAUCCUAUAUCUGA